CUGAAACUGAUUUAGGGCGGACGGCUUGUAAGGGUGCGUUACUUUCUCUCGUGGACCCAAGCUUAAUGAGCUAUACUAGCAUUCAGUUACCACUUACUGGAGUGGAAAAUGCUCUCAACCACUUAAUGCCUAUCGAUUCUACUGUUAACACCGUCGAAACUAGUGACCAGUUAAACGAAUCUUCGUUUAUACAACUAACAGAUAGUGAUGGCAACGAAGUUGGGACACCAAUAUGGAUUCCUUUAGACGUCGACAGAGGCAAACUCACAGAUUUACUAAGUAGUCUUCUUCAAAGAGAAGAUGUACAUUCCUUGACGUAUGACUUUUUUGUGGGCGAUGUUCAAAUUUUGGAUGAUUUAAAAACAGCUUUAAUUCAAGCACGGGCCAAAGGCACUGACCCUUCUUUACCGAAAUUUGGAUCAAAUGGUCUUGAAGCUGUAGUCAAAGUCACGUAUCAGGCUAAUGCUGUUUUUCGAGUUCGCCCAGUUACUCGUUGUUCAAGUAGUAUACCAGGUCAUAAGGGUGCAGUUCUGGUUGCACAAUUUUCACCAGACGGAAGAAGUUUAGCUAGUGGCUCUGGAGAUCAAACUGUUCGUUUCUGGGAUCUCAACACUGAGUUACCUCUUAGUACAGGAUCUGAAGUACACAAAGCUCCUGUUCUCUGUUUGGCUUGGUCUCCAGAUGCAGUACGGUUGGCAUCUGGCUGUCAAGGUGGUAUGAUUUGUUUGUGGCAACAAAAAGAAGCCGGAAAUGAUUGGGGUCUAUGCUCAACCCAUCCUUUAAUUAAACCUCAAUUAGCAGCCACUCCGGCUUGUUCUAAAGGUCGAUGGAUACGAUCUUUAUCGUGGAGACCAUUACAUCUAGAUGGAGAAUGCAGACAACUUGCAGUUGCUUAUCAAGAUUGUUCAAUAGUUAUUUGGGAUACAUAUACUGGUCAGCCAAUUCAUACAAUUACUGGUCAUGAUAAACCAGUUGUGUCUGUACGUUGGGGUGGAACAGACCUAAUUUAUUCUGCUAGUCAAGACCGUACAAUUCGUGUAUGGAGAUCUAAAGAUGGCGUGUUAUGUCGUACACUAAAUUUGCAUGGACAUUGGGUAAAUUGUUUGGCAUUGAGUACUGAUUAUGUACUACGUACUGGUGCAUUUGAUCCUGCCUGUGCUCAGUUGGUCAAAACAGUUCCUGUAUUAUCAAAAGAUCCAGAGGCGAAGUUGAAGUUGGCUGAAACAGCAAAAUCACUGUAUGAAAAAGUUAAGGGUUCUAAUCCGGAGAGAUUGGUUGCAGGAUCCGAUGACAAUACACUUUCUUUAUGGCAACCAGAAAUUGAUAAAAAACCACUUGCUCCCCGAAUGACUGGUCAUCAAGGAGUUGUGAACGAUGUGAAGUUCUCUCCAAAUGGUCGUCUUCUUGCUAGUGCUAGUUUUGAUCAUUCUGUCAAAAUUUGGGAUGGUUUUACAGGACAAUUUUUAGCUACUAUGUUUGGUCAUGUUCAAGAUGUGUAUCUAGUCUCUUGGUCAAGUGACAGUCGUCUAGUUGUAUCUUGUUCUAAAGAUUCAACAGUGAAAGUAUGGUCUAUUAAUGAAGUUCGUCGCUGGAAUCAAGAAUCUGUCACAGUAUCUAAAGAAGAAAAGAAAAAACAAAUAUUUGCUAGUGAUAUAACCGGUAAAAAACGACCCAGUUCAUUGUCGUCAUCAGUACAUCAACGUAAACGUCAUUUGUUACAUGAUUUACCUGGGCAUUCAGAUGCAGUUUAUGCAUUAGACUGGAGCCCUGAUGGACAAUAUGUUGUUUCAGGCGGUAAAGACCGAAUAUUGAAAUUAUGGCGAGCGUGAAAACGUAUCAGAACAUUAUUUUAUAUGCCUUACAACUAUCAUCGAAAAUUUAAUUUUUGCCACCAUGCUGAUGGUAAUUUUCUAAAAUAAUUUUUCCCUAUUUGUAGAUAUAAACAUGUAUAUGGAAAGAAUUAAUAAUUAAAAUAUAUUACAGUGGAUAACA